AUGAGUGCAGCACCCAAAACUUCCGAUCUGGGCUCGCUGUUGACGGAGAUCCAGGACUCACUGAAGCAGCAGAAUGCCGUUCUCCAGAAGCUUGUUGCAGCCCUGACGGCAGUUGCACCUGACAAAGAAGACCGCAAAACCUCGCCUUCCCUGGCUGAUAAUGACAAGAAUAGGAGCAACAACCAUGAGGGCGGGAAUGACGACUUGUCCAACCAAGUUUCUGCUUUGCCAGAUGAGGAGGCAGAGGAAGAGAGUGAAUUUCUCAGACGUCGUGUAGCCUUCUACCCCAAGGAGUCUGAGUCAAAAUAUUUUCUAUCUCUUGAGCCUUUGAACAGUUCCGAUGGUCCGCCUCAAAGAGGCACAGCAGAUGGGAACUGGAAGUACUGGACACCAGUAUACCAGGACAAGCAGAAUUCAGAUCACGCUGCUGGCCGUCCGGACUAUAUACCUCCCUGGGAACUGCGUGAGCACAAUGGCCAACUGUACCAUAUCGACGAUCGUGAAAUGUCGUGUCCUAUUCCAUUUUCUGAGAGGUUAAUAAACUCCUCACAAAUCAAAGUUCCAUAUGCCUUCAUGCCACCGUCACGCCUCAUUCUCACACCAAUUGCCUCAACUGGUAUCACUGUUAACUGGGAUUUGCUGCAGCAGUGCCUUGGAGAUCUCUACUCGGUCCCUCCGGAUGACAGACUCCCGCUAUCAUUUGAAAGAAACGAGCUACGUGUGAAAUGUGCCUCAGGCAAAAUUUACAACUAUCUUCGACGAAUCAAAGCGUUCUUCGAGGAGCUCCAUGGGAAGAACGGGUACUUUUUCACCUUGGAAAAGGAGCCUCCGUAUUGGAUGGCUGCAAGUCAUGCCCUUUUUGCAGAACAAUCCCAUUUAGCAAUCCGUCCUGGAAGAUGCGAGCUGUCAGGCAGCUGGGAAGAAGGUUCUGAUCGUGAGCAGAAUCGGAAAGACGAAAAAAACGUGAUCUGCAGACCAAUUUGGUUAAGUACUCGCGACUGUCGUCAAUGGUACCGAAUAGUUUGUUUUGAAGGACUUGCGUCUGUGAUGGGCCCUGCACUAUCCGGCAACACAAGCCGCCGUAGACUCCAACAUGCACAAAGGAUAUGGAGUCUCCUAAUUUGCUGGCGGCAGGGCCGGCUACAAAAUGCAGAGUCCUCGGGUCCUAUAAUUCGGGAGACAAUCAAUUCGCAUAUCUUUUGUAGCAGAACUCAACGAGCGGGAAAUCUCCAUCUGUCUAGAUGGAAAACGUUCCACAUCAUCUGGUUUCAGAUCAUAAGAGAUGCGCGGAAAGAAGCACUGAAGACGUCCUCCUGGAAGUCAGGCCCACUGUAUGGUAGCAAGAAGGAGGCGUUCAUCCAAGAAGCUGCUUUUACGAUGGCCGUGUUACCAUUUUCUCCACCAUUUAGAACCGUGCCGAUGUUUAAUGAUGCCUCCUCUGUCGCACGUCUGCAUUAUAAUUACUGGACGAUUCUUCUCCUCACCCCAUCUGGCAUGGAUUUGCGGUUUGGCUGUUAUCAUACUCCCGCAUCAACCAUUUUGAUUCUGAUUUCAAAUGGUCCCCAGAAAGCCGCAAAUGCCUGGGAGGAAAUCCAAACUCACUUCAAAUCAAUGCUGGAUGAUGAGAACCCGAUUUUAGACCCAGAUAAGCAUGAUGCACUGUUGUUCGACGAUAAUACAUUUUCUAGAUCCCGCAAAUACUUCUGGGCAGUGGAUAGCCUGGAAGUAUUCAAGACGGAGAUCGCUGACACGAUACGGGAGUGGGAGGACUUUUGGGCAGCGCGAGAACAGCUUGCAGACAGGUUUUGCAAGAUUGAUGUAUACUUGCAGGACAUCAACACUCAGCUGAACCGGCUCAAGGAUAACCGUGUGCAGUUCGAGGCAUUUUACACCAAGACACUUGCUCUAAGGGAGGGGUUGUUCAACGCCAGCAGCGUGAUCGAGAGCCGUGCAUCAACUCGACUUGGAGAAAACUUGAAACUGCUCACCUAUGUCAGCACAUUCUACUUGCCACUCAGUUUCUGCGCCGCUCUCUGGAGCAUCAAUGAGAGCUACAGCACCUCAGCAUUUGCCGUUACAGCAGUUCUUAUCGCCCUUACUACCUAUUUACUGGUCUCGAAUCUGGAGAAUGCCGUUUCUUUUUCGUCAAGACUCUAUAUCGUGCAAGCAAACGUUCCAUCAUCCGUCGCAUGGUGGAUGAUCCCGAUGAGAAUUGAGAUCUUGCGGAAGUUGGGGGUUGUGAAAAUAAAAUCGCAACAGGACCGGACAGACAAGCCUGACGUUGCGAAGGAAGAGGCAGUCAAUCCCGGAUCCAAACCUACGCAGCAGGAGAACCAUAAAGGGAAAGAAACCAUCAACAAUAUAAACCAAAAUCCUGCCGCCGUCUCGCAUCAGAACCCCGGCAAGUCACCCACAGAGGAGGUUGAAGAGGCGCCCACGGUCAAAUCUUCGGCCGUCCAGACGGGAUAUGUGCGAUGCAGAAAGAUGACAUUCAUGAAUCUAGGGAGGUACAUGCAGAAAGUCCAACCAGGCUAUAAGUGCGAUACUGGGGACCAUAUCUUCAAAAAACAAAAUGACAAUAAUCGAAAGCAGGAGUCGACACGACGCAAGAGGUUGCUGCACUGGAAGUUCACUGUUAUCCUGGACGAUGUUGGACAGAUUCAUGCUCAAUAUUUCCAUGAUUAG